AUGAUCCCUCGCCAUGGUACUCGUGAAGUCGACCCAGUGCGGUUGCGAGAGCGUUCGCAAUUCCACUUCUCCCAAAGUAUCGCCCCAAACCGUCUGAUGAAGGCCGCUAUGACGGAGCGCAUGUCGUCAUGGGAUCCUGUGAAUAGUGAAGACCGGGGGAUCCCAUCCCUUGAACUUGUCAAUCUCUAUGAAAGAUGGGGAGAAAGCUCUGUUGGCGUUAUUCUGACUGGGAAUAUCAUGGUGGACAAUAUCAACCUCGAGUCUGCCGGAAACGCAACAAUUCCCGCCGAUGCCCCAUUUUCCGGUCCCCGGUUUGAACGCUUCAAGGCGCUGGCUAAGGCUUCAAAGGUCCAUGGGAGCCUUCUUUUGGGCCAGAUGUCCCACCCUGGCCGUCAAGUGAACAUCAAGCUUUCUCCAAACCCCGUGUCAGCAUCGGAUGUGCACCUGGACCGGGAGAUAUGGGGGAUGAAGUUUGGCAAGCCGCACGCGGCAUCGAUAGAUGAAAUUCAGAAUAUCACCAACGCGUUCACUCACUCGGCGGAAUUCCUUUUCAAAGCUGGCUUUGACGGAAUUCAGAUCCACGGUGCUCAUGGCUAUCUACUUGCCCAGUUCCUCUCUCAACAAACCAAUCAGCGAACCGAUAUCUACGGUGGUUCGCUACGAAACCGGGCUCGCAUCAUCAUCGAAAUUGCCCAAUCUAUUCGCCAAAAGAUCCCGGCAUCCUCUGGUUUUAUACUCGCCAUCAAAUUAAACUCCGUUGAAUUCCAAGAUAAAGGGUUCUCGCCAGACGAAUGCCGGGAGCUAUGCCAAUUGCUAGAGCACGAAGCUCACUUUGACUUUGUCGAGCUGUCUGGCGGCACGUACGAAGACACAGCUUUUGAACACAAGCGUGACUCCACUCGAAAACGGGAAGCAUUCUUCCUGGAGUUUGCGGAGGCUAUAGUCCCUGUACUUACUAAGACUAAAGUCUAUGUCACCGGUGGUUUCCUCACAGUUGCUGCCAUGGAAACAGCUUUGGAGACUGUAGAUGGGGUUGGGCUUGCUAGAACACUUUGUGCGGAGCCACACUUGGCAUUGGAUAUCGUAUCUGGAAGGAUACGCUCUGGAGCCAUAAAUGCCGGUUUGGAUCAAUAUGACUAUGGUAUGACAGAGGUGGUGGCUGGGGUGCAGAUGCGGCAGAUUGGCAAUGACAGAGCACCGAUUGAUCUAACCAAAGAAGAUAACUUGAAGGCAUUUGAGGCCAGUGUGGCAAAAUGGGAACGCGAUUUAGAAGCGGACUCAGAGUCAAUGAUACUAUACGGAUCUCCUGAUAUCGAUGGUGUAGACCUCCCUUCGUUUGAUGCUGCUAAUGAGCGGGGAGUUGCCAGACCGAUGUUAGUCUGA